AAGGCGAGCAAGUUAUCUCCAGAGCAAAUUCUUGAAUUCCGAGAGGCAUUUCGAUUGUUUGACAAGGAUGGUAGCGGAACUAUCUCUACGAAGGAGUUAGGUAUUGUCAUGAAAACUCUUGGUGAAACAAAGUCAGAUGCGGAACUUGCCAAAAUAAUUGCUGAAGUUGACGCCGACGGGAACGGAGAGAUUGAUUUUAACGAAUAUUUAGAAAUGAUGGCAAAUAGAAUGUCUUACAAUGGCUCAGCUGAUCAAAUAAGAGAGGCAUUUAAGGUAUUUGAUAGGGAGGAAAAAGGUUAUCUGACUGUGGAAGAGUUACGUCACAUCAUGACAAAUCUAGGUGAGAGACUGGCAGAUGAAGAAGUAGAUGAAAUGUUGUCUAUUGUUGACGCUGAUGGAAAUGGUUGUAUAGAUUAUGAAGAUCAAACAGUGCUGAUUCUAGAACUAGUACCACCACCACCAACAAAGACACAGGCCGACAAAUUAACUGCCGAGGAAAUUGCAGAGUUUAAAGAAGCCUUUCAUCUGUUUGACAAAGAUGGUAGCGGAACGAUAUCAACGAAGGAACUGGGAAUAGUGAUGCGAUCUCUUGGAGAAACUAAAUCUGACGCCGAGUUGGAGAAAAUUAUUGCACAAGUUGAUGUUGAUGGUAACGGUGAAAUAGACUUUGAUGAGUAUUUAGAGAUGAUGGCUAGCAGAAUGUCAUACACUGGCUCUGCCGACCAGAUCCGUGAAGCAUUUAAGGUAUUUGAUAAGGAAAACAAAGGUUACCUGACAGUUGAUGAACUAAGACACAUCAUGACGAAUCUAGGAGAGAGACUUGAGGAUGAGGAAGUAGAUGAAAUGAUAUCAAUAGUAGAUGCCGACGGAAAUAAUCAGAUUGAUUAUGAAGAAUUUACUCAGAUGCUGGCGCAAAAAUGAUGAUAGACUUAGCAGGUACAACAGAACGCCACCUACAAGAGUUAAUGUAUGGACUAUAGGAGGAGGUGACGUCUGCAGUGAAAUCAAAAUAUCAUUGCCUUUAAUUUUAUAGUUGAAAAUGUUAAAUGACCAGUGUUUGUUCUUUCUAUCAUAUCGUUCUUUUUUAUUUUGUUUAAUGCACAUUGCAGUGUAUAAAAUAGCUUAUCCAGCUUUCAGCUGGGCUGAGACAUCGUUAAAGUCUGUAGAAUUAUGUAAUAUUGAAUGUGUGACAUACUUAAAUCACGCACAUGCAGUUAAAUUAAGAUCUAUUCUAACACGAUCCGAUUCAUUUUCCUAUAAAACCAGCGAAUUAUUAUACAUGUAGAACAAUUCAUUGUUCUGACAUCACAAUUAUAAACUCAUAGCGUCAAACGGCAUAGCGGCACGCUGGAAAAGAAACCAACUGAAAACGGGCAACUUGGUAAUGUGUUAGAAUCGAAAUGAUAUAUCUCAUUUAGUGAUUUGCUCUUGAAUAAAAUCAUUGCUUGUUGUUCAGAUGCGCCCUCGUGAUAUAAUAUUCCUUCGCAUCUGAACUCCAAACAAUGAUUUAUUUAGCGACAAAUCACUAAAUGAGAUUUUUAUAUUUCUUAAAUAUAUCCAAAAAACAGUGACUUGUCAUUGAAUAAAAACAUUGUUGAAGGAAUUGCAUCACGAGAGCGCAGCCCGAGUGAUAUAUUAAUACGCAUCAUGGAGAGGAAUUCAUAUACGUUUUAAGUAGCUUGUUUUCCAGUCCAUUCGAUUACUAUUUUCUUUGUUUGUAUAAUUGUAGAAAUUCUUGCAUAAAAACUACUUUUUUCACUGGAUCCGCCCAUGUUUUAACGGGAGAAAAAUCGUGUGCAAACAAGGCAAUUCACGUGCUGUUAAUACCCGAUUUUUAUUUUUGAAAUGCUUUCCCAGAGACGUAUAUGUAAUUCUGCGCAGAUUGACAUCUGGUAUCUGCGUCUUUUUUCUUUCAUAAAAACUACUUCUUGAAGCAUUAAAUAUGCAAUCUAAACCAUAGAAUGUUUUACUGUAUCAGUAACUAACGCCAAAUGCGCUUCCCCCAACAUUGUUCGUACUCGUUUCUUCCCUUGUUUACUCCCCUUUUAGAACUCUGCGUCAAUUCAGAUUUUGUAGACAACCGUGAAUGUUAAAGAAUCGCGUGUUUACCUGCACGAUUCUUUGUUUUUAGGUAUCAUAUUUAUGAUUUUGGUAAGUAUCAGUUAGUAUGUUUUUAUCUAAUUUCUCGAAGAAUUUAUAUAAACAGCUUGGAAACUUGACACUACGUUCGUACUCAUCCGUACUCCAACUGCGUGACCGUACUCAAUAUAACUCGAAUGUAAAGUUACUAUUCUUGAAAUUGUGAUAGAGUACCAAAUUGUGAAAUGAUAUGAACAAUUAUUAAUAAUUUUAUGUUUGUAAUUAUGUGAGAUAAAAAAAAUCGCUUAAAAACCUUCAGGGUGUACAUUUGAUAGUGUUGUUUAUUUCCGGGCCCUGGAUACGGAUAUUUAAAACAUUUUUACCGUUUCCAAGAACAACUGGAAUGGUAAAUAAAAAAUGUACCGGAAUCGUCAAGCCAUCACAUAUGAAAACAAUACGUAAAUCGUCGUAAAAUAUAUUUUUAUGCAAGAAUAGAGACAAUACACGUUUGUUUUGUGUAUUUUAAUACACAAAAAACGUGUAUUAUCCCUACAUAAAUACAGUUUAAACCAAUACGCAUCUGAUCUACACAAAAUGAGUUUAUCAAAGAAAAGAUCACUGUUUGAAAUAUAUUAAUUCGAUUCUAACACGAUAUCAAGGGUCACCAUGUACAUCUUUUACGACACCCGCUAAAUGUUUGUCUGUUUGUAUGGUUUUAUUUUCCAAGUCGAAGCUAUGACAUUUGACGCUAUGUGACGCAUGUCUUCAUUGUUUAAUACGAAAACAAAUCUGGUCGUGGUACAUAUUGCUGGUUAUAAACAGGAAACAGUAAAGUAACAGUUAAUGUGUCGUUUUCUGGAUUUAUUUUAGGCAUUAUAUAUUUGUAUCGUGUUACGUUUCUUCUACAUAAAGAAUAACUUAUUUCCUUUUUGCAUAAAAGUCCUUAAAGAAUGAAUCUCGUUUAAGAAAUGAAAUUUUCUUUUCAGAGUACAUGCGGAAUGAACGACAGAAUAUGACUGGCAAACUAGCGAUUGACGCUUAACUUGCCGAUCAUAUUAUGUCGUUCAUUUCGUAUGAACAAAUAAUUUCAUUUCUUUUAUUUAUAUUAGUUCAUGUUUUUAUUCGAUUUGUUAACAAAUUCGUUUUAUCAAUGUUUAUAAAUACUUCGAUGUAAUUGACAUUUGAAUCUUAUUUCCUGUCAUUCGUUUCACCAGACGGAUUACGUCAUCUAAGUAGCGUUCUCACUAACUGCACGAGGGAGUCGUCGAGACAGCCAGAGACAUUAUCGUAACUUUGGCUCUUCGUUAAAUGUUUAAUGAAUUUACUCUUAUACACCCUAAGGUCGUGUCGUGCUUUUUCUGUCACGUGAUACAAAUGAACAUUUGCCAUACCAAUUGUCAUGUUGCCUGUAUUUCCGGUGUAUAUAAUAUAAAUGAAAUCAUACCAAUCCUUGCAUACAUGUAUAUUCAAUGCGUAAGAAACUAGUCGUCACAAAAUGUUUACAUUGUUUCUGUGUUUGUAUCAAUUGCUUGUGUUUUUAUGAGAUACAGUCUGUUCUCUAGUAAAUGUGAUUUAUG